GGCGGCUCGGCGAAUCCCGCGGGCUCUCGGCGGAGGGGCCGAGCUCCCCCUUUGCUCCCCCUUUUCUCUUCCUUCUCCUCCUCCUGCUCCUCCUGCCGCCGCCGCCGCUGCCGGGCUCCGCUCCGCCUCGCCAGCCCCGAGCCGGGUGCCCCGGCCCUACCGCACCUCCCCGGCCUCUGCAACCCCGGCCCGGCGGGCGACCUGAAGGGCAUUUGGAUGCAUCAGUGCUUCCACUUCUGCAUCACCACCUUGGCAUCUUAAAAACUGAUGGGAAAAAAAAUAUCCAAGCUAAAGUGCCAUUCCCUACUGGAGGACUGCAUCAGGAGUUACAGGAGGCACCCUCGACACAAGAACUAAAAAUUGCAAUGCCAUUUUGCACUACUUCAGUGAAUGAAACGCUAUAUUCAUAUAUUAGACCAAGGACAGAUAACAUCUACAAUAGUCAAUGUUGUAAAACAUUCAGUUUUUUAAACUGCUAAAGUUGUCCAUAAACAUUUUCUGAAGCUUUAAUUCUCUCCAGUGAAGUAUUUUAGAAGCGCUUGGUAAAGAGAAGCAAUUAUGUUGAAUUUGGAGAGCGUAAUGGGUUGCUGCUAUUCUGCUGGAAGCAAAACCAGAGUCUCCAGGAGGAGACACACGUUGCUCCAGACUCUGCAUUGCAAGUGAAUUCCUGUGCUUGAGCUUUCAAACCACUAAAGCAUAAUUAUGGACAUCCUUGGGCAUGGUGGGUACCACAAAACACCCAUGGUCACAGCUGGGAAUGUCUGGAGCUGGGUGAAUGUCCCCUUUUACGAAGCCUUGGGAAACAAUGUAUAUCCCGUAGCUUGGGGUACACACUAUAUUCCAUGAGAGAGCCUGGGGGAACACACACUAAAAGACUGUGCACUCAUUGUAUCUGCUGUUGCAUACAUCCACUCUUUGCUGCUUCCCAUUAGGAAAAGAAAAAUCCAUUCAUUUGGUAACCAGCUCCUCCUCCUGCAGAGCCGCACUCCAUUUAUUGCCAGGAAGCACUAAUGAAAGCGGCUCCUGCUUCUCAAAAACAUUCUAGGACCAGAUCAUUCUCAACCUGGACCAAGCGCAAAGUCCGUCCUUGAUGUUCCUGGGAGCAACAAGCGGUCACAUCCUCAGCAAUUUUAACAUUGCUAAUAGUGUCCAAGUGCGGUGCCACGGCCGGUGGGGUUCUCCGCGAUGCUGCAGUGCAAACACGCUCAGGAAUUCAGCUUCGGGCCCCGAGCUCUGAAGGACGCACUGAUCUCCACCAACCCAGCCCUGCAGGAGCUGUAUGCCAAGGCUUUCUCCAGGGCAGAGAAGCUGUUCCUCUCCGAAGCCUACAACCCCCAGAGAACACUCUUCUGCACGCUGCUCAUCCGGACGGCUUUCGACUGGCUCCUCAGCCACCCCGAUGCCCCCGAGGACUUUGAGACGUUCUAUCACGCCAUGCUGAGGAGGAAGCAGAACUUCUAUCGAAAGCACAUUUACCUGCAACCUAUAGACCUAACUGAAGGGCCUGCCGGGCUCUCGCUGCUGGAUUCCCUCCAGAGCUGCGUCGAGUCUUUCUUCCUGGGUCUCCGUGUGAAGUGCCUUCCCUCCAUCCCCAUCUCCUCCAUUCACUGCUGCUACCGCCACAGCCGGGACUCGGACAGGGUGCAGCUUCACGCAGAUGGGAUCCUGAAUUUCCUGAAGAACAACAAGCCCAUGGAUGCCCUGUGUGUCCUUGGGCUCACCCUGCUGGACCUUUACCCAUGUGAGACCUGGAGCUUCACAUUCAGCAAAUUCCUGCCAGGACAAGAAGUGGGAGUCUGCAGCUUUGCCAGAUUUUCCGGGGAUUUCCCUCAGGCUGGCUGCAGCAGCUUCAAUCCAGUCACGCAGAAGGAGCCGUUACGCGAAGUCAGCAAAGAAAGCAGAGACAGGACAUUGCCGUUCAGCGCCCAAGAAAUGGUCCAGUGCUGUAAGGUGACCUGCCAUGAGAUCUGCCACCUGAUGGGGCUGGGGACCUGCCGCUGGCUGCAGUGCAUCAUGCAGGGCGCGCUGAGCCUGGACGAAGCGCUCCUGCGGCCCCUGGAGCCGUGUCCCAUCUGCCUGCGGAAGCUGCAGCACGUCGUGGGCUUCAAACUCGUGGAACGCUACCGGAAGCUCUACGCUUGGACGCAGACUGUGUUGUCCACAUGGCCAAGGCAGGAGUCGGCAGACCUGUCCGCCUCCGAGGACGUCCUGCCAUUCAGCUCGGACUCCGGCAUGUGCUGCGAGAACGACUCGGAGGCCGUGACCUCCUUGUCGGAGCCGCUGACGCCGGACACAUGCAGCCAGGCCCUCUCCAUCGGCCAGGAGCUGGAGCAGGACGAGCGCUCGUGUUCGCUGGCCGAGCUGCACAACCAGCCCCCGCUCGCCGGGCCCACCAAGUCCACGGAUACCAUCAAAGAUUAUGAGCUGUGGCUGGAGACGUGUAUCGCUGCCCUGGAGAGGAACGUCUCCGAGGAGGAACUGGCUCAAGUAGACAAGACAGUAGACGCCCUGGCUAAGUGGGAGAUGUUUACAGGACAGCUGCCUGCUAUGAAGAAGGACCUACCCUUUGCUAGGGACAACACCGGGCUACGGAAAGUUCUCGGAGACAAAUUUUCCUCCUUGCGAAGGAAACUGAGUUCCAGAAAACUGUCCAAAGGGGAAUCGUCCCCUCAUCGUUGGCGAUGGGAGGAAAACUAGGCUGGGUCUGCCUUGGGUUGCGCCAGCUUUGCUCCCACAGCAUCGGUUACGUUACUGCCCUGCUUCUGACCUUUCUUACCGCAAGCUGUUGCUCUCCGAGAGAAACAGCAGCUCCCCACGGGAAUAAAAGGUGUUUCUUUUUCUGAGAUUGCUAAAAUA